AUGGAUGUUCACAUUGCACUCCUGCUUGCUAUUUCACUUGGAGCGUCGUUCGGUGCGCCGCUUCUAGAACGCGUCGUCUAUCCCAAGCUUCUGGAAGCGAGAGGCACCAAUGGAGAAAAGUUACUGCGUAUCGAAGAGGAGCUCCAACUCACCCUCGAAAAAAGCACAGUCCUAGCCGAAGAUUUUGUCUUGGUUCAAGGCAACGGAAGAGAACAACAUAUGAGCGGUAAGGAGCUGGAAAAAAAUAUGUACCAUGACAGGCAUCACAUGUCAGCACUUUCUAUAAAGGACGUGGAAGGGAGACUGGAGGUGAGAGGGGUACUGAGCAAGGUUCUAAAGAUAGAACCUUUGCUAUUGAACGUGAGUUCUGAAAAUGGAAAUAUCGCACACAAAGUAACCAAGAUUGAGAAUGCAGAUAAUUACGAGCACGAUUACACAGUGGCCCCUGAUUACGUGCUGGCCCAGAGAUCUGCGAGCUCAUCUCGGGCGAAUCCACUCAACAAAGGUCCAAUUUUCGUCGAAGUGAUGAUUAUGAGCGACUAUCAUCACCACAAUCACAGUUUCUUCAAGACGGAAGAUCUGAUCGUCUAUGUAGCUACUGCGAUGGUUUCGGUAAACCGACGAUACGAGGCGCUCGUAGAGCCCAAGGUGCAGUUCAUCCUCACUAGUGUCGCUCUGGCCAUGGAUGACUCCUAUGUCGUAACAAUAGACAGUCCUAUACCUAACGUCCCGUACCUCCUCGCCGAAAAUACGAUUGAGAAAUUAGCGUCGCAAGUUAGAGCAGGGUACAUUAACGUUCCGGCGGAUGUUCUCCUUUACGUCACCGGGUUGGACAUGGGAACCAUAGCGAGAGGCCCAUUUAACCGGAGAAUGCAUGGACUAGCCUACAAUGAUGCUCUUUGUGGAUCCAAGCGCGUCGCCCAAGUCGAAGAUAUUGCAGGAUCAUACAAGAUGAUUGACAUCACUGCGCACGAACUGGGACAUAUAUGCGGCAGCCGCCAUGAUGGCGAAUAUCCGAAUAGGUGUGAUCCUGGUGCUGGGUACAUUAUGAGCCCUGUCGCACGCGGCUUGCAGAACUCCAUAUUUUCCGAGUGCUCAAUUAAACAGAUUACACAAUUUAUGAGCCACCUGCCCCUAACCUGUAUUGAAGUGAUGCGGACGGAAAAUCUUCUGCACAACGCCACAGAGCUUCCAGGAACCAAAAUGAACGCGACGACUUUAUGUGAGAGGCUCUAUCCUAACGGAGGAUAUGUUGCACAGGAUCCAUUGUACUAUCCAAAUUGUCGAGUAUAUUGCUUCAAUCCUCAGAUUCAUAACUAUGUUUAUCACGCUGUGAUAGAUGGAAUGCAGUGUGCAGAAAGAAUGAUAUGCCUCAAUGGGAAGUGCGUCCCUUGGCCUAAAUGA